AUGGCAGCAUCACCUGUUAAGGGGGACUGGAAGCACCUGAGGGGAUCCUCCAAAGAGGGGCAGCCGUCCUCUCCGGAGUCCUCCCUGACCUGGUGCCUGGCCCACCUCCACAAACCCGGGUCAGGCCCUGAGCGUCAGGCGGACUCUGGGGGGGGCAAAGACAUGGACAAAAGGCACAGGGCCUCCCAGUGGAGAGCCCUGGUCGCCAUCCGGACGCAGCACAUCAAGGGCGGGCGGGAGGGCAUCGGGCGGUUCAGGGGUCAGGGAGGCCUCCGGCCCCUGCUGGGCCUGCUCAGGCAGCCCGACAGCUCCAGGAAGACUCUGGACCUGGCCCUCAGCAUCCUGGCCAACUGCUGCACGGACAGCGACAGCCGCGUGGAGGUUCGAAAACUGGGCGGCAUAGAAAUUGUGGUGGACAUCAUGAAGAAGAACGUGGCCUUUGAGACGGUUCAGAACCGAGCGGCCCGGGCUUUGGGGAACCUGGCCAUGGACCCAGAGAGCUCUGCCCUCAUCCACUCAGCUGGCGGCGUUCCUCUCCUCCUCCUGUGCGUGUCCCUGUCCUCCGCCCCCUCCUCUCCCACCGCCGCCCCCCCCACGGACUCCUGUCCCAAACUGGAGUGCGCCCAGUCGGCCGCCCGGGCCCUCCUCUACCUCUCGGACACCCCCUCCAACCGCCUGGCGCUGCUCACCCAGGGGGCGCUCUCGGCCCUGGCCCCCCUCACCGCCCCGGAGCACCCCCCGGGGCUGAGGGGGGCGGGGCUCCGGGCGCUGCACGAGCUGACCCGGGGCUGCGGCGUGGAGGGCGCCCGCGAGGUCUCCCGCUCCGGUGUGCUGGCCCAGCUGGGCGCCAUGGCGACGGGCGACCAGGGCAAACCCUUCGAGGAGCUGGCGCUCAAGACGCUGGCCAACAUCUGCUCCCAGGGCUGCCUGCGCCCCCUGGUGGGCUCCCUGGGGGUCAUUCCCAAAUUCGUGGAGGAGGUGAAGAAGGACCCGCUGAAGUCGGGAGUCUUCCUCAGGGCGCUGUGCUUGUGCUGCAAGGAGGCGGUGAACCGGGCCAAGGUGAAGGACUGCGGCGGGCUGGAGGUGCUGGUCGGCUUUUUGUCGGCCCACCAGAGCCACCCCCUCUCCAAGCUGACCAUCCUGGCCUGUGUGGACUUUGUUUUCGACGAGUCGGCAAUGGAGCAGCUGCAGGAGCUGGGGCUGGUCCCGCUCCUGGUCUCUCGGCUGGUGAAGCUGACCAGAGGGGAGGAGCAGGCGGCCGAGCGGCCGGACGCCGGCCCGUCCUCCAGCCCGACCCCCGCCGAGCUGCUGCACUCCCCGGGAGGGGAGUCCUUCGACUUCCCCCCUCCCGAGGGAUACAGGCGGGAGGAGGCUGGUCGGGAGCAGGGUUCAGCCAGCUUUCUGAGUCUCAGGUCCUGGCUAUUGUCCGAGGGGCUGAUUUCCUCUGAGGGGGACCUGCUGGACUCCUCCGGGGUGGAUGGAGAUUGGGGGAGCCCUCAAGCCCCACCACCAUCGUCCCCUCAGACCUCCUCCCCCAAUCCCUACUCCAGUUCUUCUCUCAAAAACUCAUCAUCAUCAUCAUCAUCAUCUUCCUCAUCCGGCAGUGCUGUCUCUGCUUCUUUAAAAAAGCCAGCUCAGCCCUCCUCAGACCCGCAGCCCCCCAGGGCGCCCGCGCCCCAGGCCCAGAUUACUCCCCCUCCCAACAAAACAGGCCAAGCUCCAGUUUCCCCCACGAAGUUCUCCUCCCCGCAGAAAAAGAGGAGGGCCCCCUCCCAGGCCGGCCUGGCCCAGGUCACGCUGGAGGCCCCCCCCCCGGCGCCCCGCCCGGCGGCGGCGUACCACCACCCCUACCACCCGGAGCCCUGGACGGCCGAGUCCCCCGUGCUGCUGCUGCUGUCGCGCUUCUCCCACGCCGGCGACCCCAGCGGCGCGCUGGUCAGCCCCGGCGUGGUGGCCGGCCUGCUGCUCUACCUCACGCAGCACCCGGACCCCAGCGGCCGCUGCCUCCGCCUGCUGGCCCGCCUCAGCUGCAACCCCACCUGCCUGCAGGCGCUGCUGCGCACCGGCCCCGCCGCGCUCAUCCGGCACCACCUCUGCCAGGGGGGGGGGGGGGGGGGGGAAAAGCAGAGGGGCCGCGUCAGGGCCAAAGUCAAACAGCUGGGCGUGUCCCUUCUGAACAACCUGCGCGUCCAGUGCGAGUCCGGCUUCGGCUCCGGCGUGGUGGCCCACGUCAUGCUGUCCGGCUCCGAGUCCGACAGGAUGAACUGCGCGCUCUCGCUGCCGUUCAUCAGCAGCAACCGGCCGCUGCUCCGCAGGCUGCUGCUGGACGGCGGCGGGCUGCAGCUCGCCCUGCAGCCUCUUAGCUGCGCCGCCAUUGGCCCGCCGGACGCGCCGCACUCCGCCGACUGCCAGCGGCUGCUGUCCGACUUCCUCAGCCCCCCCCACCCGGGCCCCGCCCCCCCGCCCCACUCCCUGUACUGCUCCCUGCUGACCGGGUGCCUGUCGGCCCUGACCGCCGGCGGCGGGCCGACCGGGAGCGGCGGCGCCGCCCCGGAGCCCCCCCCCCCUCCCCCGCCCCCCCCGAAACGGCCGCGGCUGGCCGGCGUCUGCCCCUACGCCGCCGCGGGCUUCGACCUGGUCCUGCUGCUGGACGAUGGGACGCGGGUGCCGUACUUCCGGGCGCUGCUGCGGGGGGGCUUCGGCGAGGCCCGCAGCAACGCCGAGGAGGUCAUCCGCAUCCGGGACGUGGGCGCCGGCGAGCUGGUGCCCGUGCUGCACUACUUGCACGGGUGCCGGCUGGGCGGGGGGGCGCCCGGGGGAGGGGGCGGCGGGGGGGCGGCGUGCCCCGCCCUGGAGGCGCCGCGGCGGGACUGGCCCCCGGCGCCGGGCGCGGCGUUCCGGGACACGGCGCUGGGCGAGCUGCUGGUGGGCGCCGGACGCUUCCUGGUGGGCCGGCUGCAGAGGGAGGCCGAGGCCCUGUGCCUGUCCCUGCUGCUGUCCGGCUCCGGCCCGCCGCCCCCGGCAACGCCCAACGCCACGCCCACCACCCCUGUUGACCACGCCGCUCCCAAAACGGAGCCCGACCGCCCCCCCACCCCCGAGCAGAAGCCCGAUCCGGACCUGACGGCGCAGAUCCAGAAGCUGAACUCGUCCCUGCAGCAGACGCAGAUCAAGAAGGCGGAGAAACGCGGCGCCGCUCCGGACAGGAACGCCGUCAGGAGGGCGGUCUCCGCCCCCCGGGCCGCCGGGGGAAAACCCCCCCCCCCGGCCCCCCCGGCGGCGGGCGGCGAGGCCCUGGCGGCGCUGCUCCCGCAGCUCUACUGGUUCUCGCAGCGCUACAGCUACCCGGCGCUGGGCCGCGGCUGCCUGGUCCUGUUGCUGGGCAACCGGCGCCGCCCCCCCCCCUUCCCCUCCGCCGCGGCCGCCGGGGAGUGCCUCCGGACGCUGGCCAAUCAGGCGGACUGCACCGAGGGCCUGAAGAAGGCCCUGGGGGGGGGGGCCGCAGGGGCCCGGGGGGGGGCCCCGGCCGGGGGGGGGGGGGGGGGGGCAGGAGCUUUUUGA